AUGUAUUCUUCCAAAACUCUAGUUGAAAUAAUUUAUAAACAAGUCAGUCAAGUUUUCGAUCUCGUAAAUAAGAUUUAUCGAGUCAUCAUGAAACUCGAAAUUUGCAACUACAGCGGUUAUAAGAUCUAUCCUGGUCAUGGCAAACGUGUUGUUAAAAUCGACGGCAAGGUACAUAUCUACUUGAACUCGAAAUGUCAACGAUCGGCUGAUAUGCGUCGAAAUCCACGUCGUGUCACAUGGACUGUUCUAUAUCGUCGAAAACAUAAGAAAGGUGCAGCUGAACAAGAAAUUAAAAAACGUACACGUCGUACUGUGAAAUUCCAACGCGCUAUCACCGGUGCGACAUGGAACGAGAUUCUUGCUAAACGUAACCAACAACCAGAAUUUCGAAAGGCUCAACGACAAGAUGCCAUCAACGCCGCUAAACAAGCAAAGAAGGUCAAAGCACAGCAAAAGAAAGUUACACAACCAACUGCUGUUAAGGCUGGCAAACCAGUGAAGAAACCAGAAAAGAUCCAAAAGACAGUUCCAAAAACUGGCCCAAAGAAGGGCACACAACGCUAA